AUGCCUCGUGGCUCGGAGCCCGUGAGUUUUGAAGAUGUGGCCGUGUAUUUCACAGAAGGGGAGUGGGCCCUGCUGGAUCCAGAGCAAAGAGCCCUCUAUGAGGAGGUCAUGCAGGAGAACUACAGCGCCGUGGCCUCCCUGGCUAGAAAUGCAGGAUACCCAGUUCCAAAGCCAGACCUGAUCUCCCGCCUCGAAGGAGGGGAGUUGCUUUGGCUACCUGAUCCACCAGAGAUCGCCGAGAGGCAGGUGGCUUCAGGCUCCAGCUCAGGCACUGAGCAAGUAAAAGAGAAGGAGAAAUCUCUGCCAGCAGAAAAUGCUCCACUGGUGACCCCAAAAGGGACAGCAUUGCAGUGGGUCAAAGAGGGAACUUCCCAGGAUCACCGGGAAGGGGUACAAAAUGCUCUUGCUCAUGACCUGUACUCCAAGGAUUUGCUCUGA